GAGGCCGCAGCCCCGAGCCCGCCGCCACCGCCACCACCGAGCGCCGCCGCCGCCCCGGAGCCACGGCCCUGUCCCCCCCCCGCCGCGCCCUGCACGCACCGGAGCCCGCCCGGGACCGCGCCGGAGCCAUGCAGCCCGCCUCCGCCAAGUGGUACGACCGCCGAGACUACGUCUUCAUCGAGUUCUGCGUGGAGGACAGCAAGGACGUGAACGUGAACUUCGAGAAGUCCAAACUCACCUUCAGUUGUCUUGGAGGAAGCGAUAACUUCAAACAUUUAAACGAAAUCGACCUUUUUAACAAUAUUGAUCCAAAUGAGUCAAAGCAUAAAAGAACAGACAGAUCUAUCUUGUGUUGUUUACGAAAAGGAGAGUCCGGUCAGGCAUGGCCCAGGUUAACGAAAGAGAGGGCAAAGCUCAACUGGCUCAGUGUGGACUUCAACAACUGGAAAGACUGGGAAGAUGACUCAGAUGAAGACAUGUCCAAUUUCGAUCGCUUUUCCGAGAUGAUGAACAACAUGGGUGGAGAUGACGACGUAGACUUGCCAGAAGUAGAUGGGGCAGAUGAUGACUCACCAGACAGUGAUGAUGAAAAAAUGCCAGAUCUGGAGUAAGGAAAAAGCGUCGUCUUCAGGGUUUGGGGAAAGAACUUCAUCACAACAUUUCAUAACCGAGAUAAGAAUUCCUGAGUUGAUGAUAGCCCUAACGGGAGCUCCUGCAUCCUUUAACCCAUUUUCAGUCCAUUUUCAAUGGCUUCACUGGUGGUAGGUGUGUACCAUGGCACGGGGCGGCCUGAAAGCCACGAGAGGCAAUAACUUUAUGCAUGAACCAGUUUUCCAGCCUUCCAACAACCAACCCCCAACAAACCCCCCCCCAGUUGAGGUGUAGGCCAUCGAGACAGAACAGUUGCAAUAAAGUUUACAGAGCCUCCUUGCCUCGUAGCAGAUAUAAUUCCCAUGGGACAACCCUGAGUUGACACCAAGUUGAUAGAAUUGAGCAUUUCUCCCUCUCCCCCCCCCCCCGCCUUCUUUUACCCAGUCCCUGUGGCCUGAAAUUGGAUGUUUGGACCGGGAACAAGAACUGGGGCUGUUGGCUCACGGUGGGGCCCUUCCAUUAAACUUUGUAUUGAAAAGGCAACACCAGUUCUCCUCCGUGGGGUUGUUCCAUCCCGAGUCACCGGGUACCGGUGGCUGGAGCCUGUCCCUUGGUACCGUUUGGCUCUAAAGCUUUACACCCUCCUCCUCCUCCUCCGGGGCGAUGCCUGUACAUUGUUGCUUGUUGAGCUGUUCCUUUAGACCAAAUCCUAUUUGCACUGUGGCUGUGGAAGCGAGAAAGGGUGGGGAGGCACCGGGGGCACCGGGUACCAGGAAUUCCGCCGCCCCCCCGGGGCACCUCCCAACCGGGCUGAAAAACCUCAAUUUGUGUUCCGAGCAGCUGGGAUUUUUUUAAUGUCUGCAUUCUUUCUAAUAAACUGUUGAAGACUCCCGG